AUGAAUAUAAAUGUGUACUAUCUAGAAUUUCUUCAAAAUAAUAUUAAUAAUCAAGUUCAAUUACUUUUGGAUCAUUUUCAACGAAACAAUACAAAUAAUAUUAUACCCGAAGAGUCUGAUGAUAUUAUUCUUGAAGAAGAUGAUGAUAAUAUAAAAGAAACAGCAGAACCUCAAUCCGAUCGCGAACUUGCAAGGAAUUGGGAGAAUGAGCAAGUGAGUCAAAUUCAUUUCCAUCAGCAGACAUUUCUUGGAUAUGAGUCUAUACAUGGGACUGUAAAUGGGACUAUAACUGAUGAAAUGUUCAUUGCCGAAUCAAAAAAAGAGAUGAGCGUAAUGAUAAAACUAAAAGACGAAGAUAGACAAAUUUUUUUUUCGGUGAUUCAUUCCUCACCUAACAUUACUUUAGAGCCACAGGGUCAUAAGAAUGAUUGUCCUGAAGAAGAUUUAGAAGAGAAUCUUUUACAAGAAAACCCUGAAGCUGUUUUUGAUC